UUCGCUCAGUUCGUCACGAAGCGCAACCCCGGCAGCUCGCGAAACUCCCGACUAACCGACUUGAACGUCGCGCCGCGUGAGAGUCGCGAUACUCGUGUGUAACCGCAUCGUUCGAUCGUACGUUUUCGAACCAUCUCCGGAGUACGGUGGGAAUGUUGGAGUGCGACUUUUAGCCAAAGUGCGACACGACGACUGCUACACAGGAUACUGCAAGUGUUCGCCGCCGAAAAGGAUAAUACCACCGUGAGAUCCCAGUGUACCCAACAGUGAGAUUUGACGUGCUACUGCCGACAGUCGAAGUAACAUCGAAUCGGAGUAUCGAUUAUCCGUCUCUCGACACACGGAUACACGGCGCGCACGAGAAGUGUAGAUUCGCGAGUCUAGUGUCGACACGGGGUACGCGAGAUUCGCGCGUUCUUGAUCUCCGUUGGGAACUUCCGAUACGAGAUGCGACCUGCUGUCGCGUGCGUUCGCUAGCUCGACGGCGACCGACGGGUAGUUGCCGCGCGCUCCGACGGUGGUGUGGCUGACAACGCGCUGCACUCGUAGCGUCGGCGGUAUCGCGAAAACGAUCGGUAGCAGCGUCGCUUUUGUUUCCGAGAAAAUUCCGGGAAAACCCGAACCAAUGAGCAGCCUGGCGAGCUGUGCUCCAGGCGGGAUAAACACGGGCUGGAUCCAUGGGACCGGCGCUAUCUCGGACACUACCGACAACGACGCGCCGAGAGAGGCGAAUCGAAUUUGAUCAUUACGACUUCGAGACGCUCGAGGUCGGUGCUUCGCUGACAGAUUGAAUCUGUGACGGAAGUUUCGCGCCGGUGAAGCGCGCCCACCGAUUUCUUCGGGGGAUCGUGGGAAACCGCCGAGAAUCGUGGAAAAAAAAAAUCAUACUGCAGAGCGUCAUCCUCGACGAGCAUCGGCGCUCUCUCCGAGAUCGUGAGAGUCCGCGAUGACGGUGUAAGUGACAGAAGGUCGCCCUCGAUAAAGUGGAUAAGGGGGAUACGAGAAAAGUGUCGCAGGAUCCGGCGACUUUCCGAUCACACGGUCAAAGUGGAGUGUGGAUGUGGUGGAGGUGCGACGACGGUGGUGGAAGAAGUAGUAGGUGGUUGUGGACGACUGCAGCGAGGUCGGCGGGUGCGAAAGUGCGGGUGCCGUUCGUGUCGGUCAUCGAAUCCGGGUGCCCGUGGUGACGGUGCUGAUCGUCGUCCACAUUGUUACCAUGGUUUCCACGUCUUUCGUGACUCUGGUGUUCCUCGUGUGCCUGCAAACGGUUCUACUGUCGACUGUGAGCAACUGCGCGAAAACGAUCACCAUGUACUGGAACACCACCAAUUCCAUAUUUCGAAUAGACAACACAGAUCACAUAAUCGAUGUGAACAAGAACAACGCAGCGUUCGAGUACGAUCAGGUCAAUAUAAUAUGUCCUGUGUACCAAUCGGACAUGAUUGAUAACGAGACUGAGAAGUACAUCAUCUACAAUGUGUCCAAAGAGGAGUACGAGACAUGCCGGAUAACGAAUCCCAGUCCGCGGAUAAUAGCGGUCUGCGACAAGCCGCAAAGAACGAUGUACUUCACCAUCACCUUCAGGCCGUUCACGCCGCAGCCCGGUGGUCUCGAGUUCCUCCCGGGCCACGAUUACUACUUCAUCAGCACCUCGUCCAAAGACGAUCUCCACAGGCGCAUCGGCGGCCGGUGCACCAGCCACAACAUGAAGGUUGUCUUCAAGGUCUGCUGCGCUGAUGCCGACGCCUCGUCCUCGUCGGCGACGUCGCGUAACAACUCCGUAGCCGUGACCAGCAGCACCGUGCCCAGCAGCAGCUCGACGAGCACCGCGAUUUUGGGCGGCGGAGCCGCCGGACUGCCGCCCCCGCCGCCGCCGCCGAGCGUCUACAAGGGCGGAGAUCGAAUCUACCCGGUGGGCAGCAUUCAUCAUCAUCACGAUCAUCAUCAGCCGGUCACGGUGGCGCCGACCCUGCCUCACGUACCCCCGCCGGCCGUCUACCCCGCGCAUCCGCAUCAGCCGCAACUGCCGAUUCACAAUGGACCGCCGUCCUCCACGCCGCCCAAGACUUCGAUCGGCCAGAAGAAGAAGAACAAGGAGUACUCGGACCAUCCGAACGAGGUGGUGAAGAACGAAGAGCUGACAUACAACGGCGCGAGCUCGCAAUUCCGGUACGCGCAGAGCAUGAUCCUGGCGACGGGCAGCGUGCUGGUGAGCGCGUUGCUGCUGCAGCUGCUGCGGUGAAGCGACAACGGCCACGUACGAGAACGUAUAUCCCAUGCGUCGCAACCCCUUCUUCUGUGAUUAUCCUACGUUUAAUUGAUUUCUUGAGAGGCGCGCAACAUGCGCGCCCCUCGGCCGUCCCUCGAUCGUAAGACACGCACGAUCCACGGUCGCGCCGACUCGAGAGAGAGUAGAGAAGAGAGAAGACAGUGGAGAAGAGAUAGAGAAGAGGAGUGAAUGAGAGAGAGAGAGGGGGGAGGGGGAGGAGAGAGAAAAAGGACGAAGGUCGGCGGCAAGCUAAAAAGACACGUCGAAAGAAAAAACACGCACGACACACGAGCGGCGCACGCCAUAUUAACUAUUAACGAACCCGGAGAGUUCCCAGGGCGGAAUGUCCGUAGGACGACGAAGACGACGCCGAGGGCGGGAUGAUAGGAAGGAGGAAGAGGGAGAGAAAGCGGAGAAAAAAGACGGAGAUACGCUACUAUUAGACACUACUUAUAGUACACGCCCACUAUUAUCACUACUAUAAAUGGUAGUCGUAUUGGUUGUCCUUCUUAUCAUUACGCUAACUGUAGGUAUUUAUUCGAAUACGAGACGGGAGCGGGAGUCGUGGCAGCGUGCUAAGUAUCCUCGAGCGAGAGGAGACGGUAUGUACAAGAGAAAGAGAUAGGAGGGACGUCUAAGCGCAUAUUAGUGGGCUACGCGAAUCCGUCAGAUCGCGUCUCUCUGAUUCAAAUGUCGCGAACCCUUCAUUCGAGAUGAGGAAUAUCGCGUGAGCUCGGCCAUCGAUGACGAACGGUCCUUCGUUAAGGGGUCCUCGCUCGGGGUCGGCGAGGAGAGAGACAGACACACAUGCAGAGUAUCGUUCCUCGCUUCGCGCGAUCGUCCGAGCGCGCCGCGCGGCCUCGAGAAAAGAGUACCUGAAAAUCAUUUGAACGUUUUCGGCGGCGCGACCAGCGCGGUAGUAACCGAUGAGUCCCGGGGGCGAGUUCCGGUCGCGGGUCAUUCUCAAAUCGCCGGUAGACCUCGUAGAUUACUACACUUGGACUCGAAGUCGUCGGCGCGACGUAGUUCCUCGAUGAUCGGACGACGGCUCGCGGAGAGUCGCUGAAGAAUUAGCAUCGCGUCGUAAUCGUAUCUCUCGCGCGGAGCCAGGUCGGACGACCGAGAGCGGCCGGUCGCCCAAUCGAAGGACGCCGAGGACGAAGGAUCAUUCGAGUUCGCGUGCGAGAUCGUGAGUAGGAUAGUUAGCACGCGUGUAAAUAAAUUCCUAAUGAAUAUGUACAAGUGGCUCCGGGCCCGCCUCGGCGGCGAGGGGGGUCGAGGAGGUUUAAGAAAGAGUGCCGUAUUUCUAGGUAAAUCUUAUACACACACACACACACACACACACACACACAUAUAAAAAUAUAUAUAUAUAUAUGUGAAAUGAGAGAGCGCGUAUGGAUGUCAGAGCGAGAGAAAGCGUGUGCGUGUCGAGAGAGAUGAGUGUGUUAUGCGAUCGCGACGACGACGUGACUUCGGCGCCCGCCCACGUGCUCGGCGGACAAAGCGUCGCGCGAUCGCGCGACACGAGCUAUGAACUCGUGCGGAUUUCUGCCACUAUGACAGUCUAAUUAUUGUCACGAAUCAACGAGACUAGCGUGCGCCGUUGAUUCGAACCCUGUUGGCCAGGAAAGGCAGCACGGCGAAAACGAGCGAGCGAGCGAGCGAGCGAGCGAGAGACUGAGUCGCGAAGCUAGUAAGACAGAUGUGUAUAAUAGCUGUACCAUACCGAGACUUCUAUCUAUAGAUCUGUAUUAUAUUUAUUAUCCGCUAUUAUUACGCUCUACGAAUAUUCAAACACUCGAUAUUCUAUAUUUGCUAGUGAAAUAUCAAAUUUAAUAGCGAACAAAUUAACGUGAACCGCCAGGGGGGAGAAGAAGCGGCACGAACGACCCCCUCCCCCUCCCCGUGCAGCCCUUGUCGUUUGUUGUUUCCCCCAGUUGCUCGAUUCCGUUCCGAAUGUCAAGCGCGAAUGGCGCGUCGAUCCAUCGUUAUUAGCAGAUCCAAUCAAUCAAUCAAUUGGCCAUUCGAUCGUGUUUCCGAUUCAUUGCCUUUGUGUUCCACGUUUCUUUGUUUAUUAUUUUAUUUAUUUUCGACUGCAAGGCAAAAGACUCGCGCGUGCCCGCGCGCGUACCAUCGCACGCACGCGUGUACACGCGUUUCAUGCAUUCGCCGCGCGCCCCACGGGAUUCAUUUUUUUCACGCGGUAUUUUCGUGUGCGUCGAACGUGCGUGAGAUCGAUCGCGCCGGGUACAUCCCGCGGCUCUGUGUACGCGCGCGCGACGGCCCACGUGCACGCGUGCGCGCGGACUCGACACGCGAGAAUAAAAAACGAAGCGGUGAUUUUUCGUUCGUGUCGGUCACAAGGGAAAAUCUCGAGCGCGACUGCACUAACGAAUUAUUGUAAAUACGAAGUAUCCCGCGGGAACCGAGUACCGUGGCGAGAGGAGGAUGCGUGAAUGAAUGAAUGAAUGAAUGAAUGAGUAUGUGCGUACGUGCAUGUGUGCGUGCGAGAGAACGAGAGCGCGCGCGCGGGAGAGAGAGAGAGAGAGAGAGAGGACGGGAGAGAUAAUCCCCUAUUUAGAAUCUCGGAUGGCGAAAUGGGAGUCCUUGCGCGCGAAGGUCGCCCGCUGUAUGGUUCGACUCGCUUUCGGAAGUUCAUUCAUGAUUCAUCGUCCCCUCACUUGCGUCGACCGCGAGAGCGAAUGAUUACGAUCGGCCGAGAAUCACGAACACGGCGGAAAGUCAGCGACGCCUGCAUAAUGUUAUCCGCUGCAGUAUUGUAAGCCUAAGUAUCGCACGCCUCCGCCAUCCACGUCGGUCCUGUCGUCCGUUCGUUCGCCUGUCUGUCAUUUUGUAUUCUCACUACUUGCGUCUCGCGCAAUUACGAGCGAGCGAGCGAGCGUGCUCGAUCCCGGCGCCAGCGAAUCUUUCACGAUUCCAUCCGACGCAGGACGCGCGCUUUCUUAAACGUUAAAUGACGUUCUUGAGUUGUUUUACUGACAAGACACGCGGAUUUUCUCGUAAUCUGGUCACACAUAUGAUGGAACUGGGCACGUAUUAUGGACUAUCGGAAUCGCUCAAUUAUUCUAUAUGAAAUACAAGAGAAGAUCUAAGGAAUAACUAAAAGAUUCCGAACAAGUUCGUAAUAGGUGCCCUGUUCAGGAAGAUUUCCGAUCGGAAUCGUCCCUAAAAAACACAAUAGAAAUCUAAGGAAUAAUUGAGCGAUUCCGACCGGAAAGCUUUUGCGAGUAUUUCCAUAAUAGAUGAUGCCUAGGACUUGCUUGUGUUACGAGAAUAUUCAUUGCCGAUUUCCCUGGUUGAAUCCUUCCGACAGAAACCUCAUGACGUAGCUGUUGACAAAUAUAUGCCAAUCGCUACAUCGACAAUAUCGAUCACCGCGCGAAUGGAUACUUAUCGUUAGUAAUAAUCGAGGUUAUGCCGGGGGACUACCCAUUGUCGUAACAUUGCCUCCCCUCAUUACUCCUCAUAUACCAUCGAUGAUCAUAAAGAAUAUUCUCGCAAGAAGAUCAUCGAUGGUGCCUUCGGAUAUUUUCUCCGACCAGGGUAAUCGGUAAAACCUAAAACUAAUAGAAAAAAAUUACGUAUGUGACCUCAAGUUUCGUUUUGCGAAUGAAUACGCUCGCGUUGCAUUACGUUUGCCGCGGACAAUUGCGUCUUCAAGAAUCGUAUCACGAGAUCGCCGGUUGCGAGAAUUCGGGCAGAUGAUGAAAUAGAAGUAGAAAGGUAAAAUCCCAAUCGAUCAAUCGCUCGCUCGUUCAUUCGUGCGCAAAUGAGCGACGUCGCAGUGACGCGCGCGUGGAUUCAACAGUGAAUAGCACUCACUCGCGCGGACGAUAAGCGAAUACACUAUAACAAUAAUAUAGUCUCGAACUAUUCGAUAGAAAAUAGACAAGGUCACUCACUGCAAGUUCAUUUCUUUUUAUUUUCUUUCCCCGUUUCUUUCGUUACUUUUCUGUCGCCCAUAUCCGCAUCUCCGCUAAUCCACCCACCACGAUCAUCCAUCGCCGUCGUGAGACGUGAGGCGUCCUGCCGCCUAUGAGACAGAAAAAAAAAUGAAGUAUUUUUCUAACAACACAGAUAGGACGCAUCCGGUGGGUUUGUUUGUUCAGAGUUGUAUGUAAAUAGAGGGAGGGAGAGAGAGAGAAAGAGAAACGUAUAACGUGUGCUCGCGCACACACGAAAAUCUGUGCCGCCGUAACGAGUCAGAUUCUAUAUGUCGUCCAUGCGACCCGUGGACUUAUUGAUACGAUUUACAUGUGUAAAUAAACGAACGUCCGAUGUAGGAUUACGGGGAGAAAAAAAUGAGGUAAAAAAAGGAGAAGGGAAAGAAAGAGGAAAAAAGAACAGGAUACGCUUCACGUCCAUUCCGAGAGGAGACCUGAGUUUCCCCCGUCUGUCACGUCUGUCAUUACGUUCGGUAACACGCCACUUAAUUACGUAAUCAUCCCACUCGUGUGCGUGUGCAAGUACAGGGAAAAAGUUGCCCAACGAGAAGCGCGCGCGGGUGCCUCUCCCCGUCUCUUGAAAGGAGAAAGAAAGGGAACACGCGCGAGAGGCACCGUGCGCAUUCUCACGCGCGUUUUUUUGAAAGGAAAAAGGAAACAGAGAAAAUGAAAGAAAGAAAGACUUGUUCCUCUCUUCUCGAGAUCGAGGGUAGUAUAUAUUCGCCGCGCUGACGGUACACCCGGUCGCGAUUUGAUGAAUGAAUGAAUUAACGUAAAAUGAGAGCGAGGGUAAAGUGAAUUUCGUAGAGGUACGUCUCUUGUAAAUAAACAAAUUAACAAUUAAUAACGCGGUAACACGAUGAAAUUUAUAUUAAAUGCAUAGUGAAUAACGAGAUAGGUUUCUAAUAACGAUUUAUUAUAAAAAAAAAAAAAUGUGAAUGUAUGUUGAUGUCUAAGAUUUUUAACAAGAUGGAGGACACAAAGCAGUUAAUUGUAAACUACGAUUAAAUUAUUCGUAACCGAGGAAAUACACACGAGAGUAAUUAAACAGGAAGCGUUCGAGUGCAAAGAGCGACACUUAGCCAGAUCGUGAUUUCUCACGUUGCAUGUGUUAUUUUGUAACCGGAGCGUACAGGAUCCAUACACUCUCGAUGUCACGGCUAGCAUAUGCGGCGCUCCGCUCGAUGAAAUGAUGGACCAGUCGACGGUACGCUUAUCGGCUUGUUGUCUUCUCGAUUUCCCUCAUAUUUUCUCUUGUUUCAAAGCAACUGCCGAAGAACACUAAAUCCCGCAACGCGACUACGGAUUAUCGCAUAACCGAAUUCGCGGCUCGAUUAUAGCUGCGUCGUAUAUAACGUCGAGAAUGAACAAGUUCACGACAGUUGUUGGAAAUCGUCCGAUACAUUUCCGGCUGUAGACUCAAUCGGAGAAUCCAUCGUCGGUGUUCGUUCAAGUCGAGAGAAUACCGGUGUGCAGUCCGCACACGCGGUAUAACUAAUCAACGGGAAAGGAUGAGAAACUGAAGUAACGCGGACUGGUUGAUCCUUCCUCAGAUUUCAUCCCGACGUCGACCACGCUGUUUCGCUAACAAGAUUCGUGAAUUGCGUUAGUUUCAAAUCUGGUCGCACACAUACACACAUAUAUAGUCCGGCGAAUUUUCAGCGCAAUUAUCUGUCUCUCGUGACGCGCGUUACACGCUUUCGUUCGGGCACGAUUAUUUAACGGCGAGCGCGCGACGCAACCCAUGAAUAAUGAAACGCGACGUAACACGCGUCCGUGAUAUCGGAAUAUUAAUUAAAAAUCCCCGUCUCGCCGGGCCGGUAAGGCUCGUUAACGAGCGCUCGUCGUUCUUGCGGCCGCGCCGCGUAUGGUAUCCUUGGAACGGGACCCUAUAGAUUGCGCGUGUUCACCAGUAUGCACAUUCAGUACCAGUACCAGUCGUUCAUUACGAAGUAUUACAAUACAAUACAAAGUAGUGUAGCGUUCAUAACGGUAGUCCAUUAUAGCGAAAUAGUAUUUAAACAAGCAGCCACAGAAGACGAAAGAAAGGAAAAAAACAGGAAGAAAACUCAUAAUCCACCAAAAAAAUAAGAAAGAGAGAAGAAAUAGGAGAAGAAAUUGUAUGCAACAGUACGUGACAGUGCGCGUGAACGAAUUUUUCACGAAAGAGAGAGAGAGAGAGAGAGAAAGAUUGAGAAAGAAUGAGGGAGAAAGACCAUGAGACGCGCAGAGAAAACACGAAACACAUUACCUAACAUCACACGUGGAGGAAACACAUAGGGAACUGUCGCGAGGAAUUCUGUGCUGCGACGCAACGGGAAAUCACACAUAUACGCGUGGUAGGUGAGAGAACGAGAGUGAGAGAGAAUGAGAGAAUGAAAAUAGAUGAAAGAGAGAGAGAGAGAGAUUGUAAAAUAGAAAACAUGAGAAAAAGAGCGCGAAAGUAAGGCGAAGCACACGAUGUAUCUAAAAGAAAAAACAAAAAAAUGCUACUUGUUCAUGUAAACGCGAUGUGCACGCCACGCGUGCAAGAUGCGUGUGAGAGAGAGAGAGAGAGAGAGAGAGAAAGAGCGAAAACAGAUAGGGAGGCGGGCAAGAUGUACGUGGUCCUAUGCGUAAGCGUAGGCUCGUCGGUGUUACACAAUUUAUGUAAGUAUAUUCUAUAUGUAUGUCGAUAUAUAGCGAAGUAUAUCGAUGGCAAACGAAAGUAAUGUAAAAAGAAAAAAUGAAGCGAGAGAGAGAGAGAGAGAAAGAAAGAAAAAGAAGAAGAAACGCGUGCAUCGGGCCGGGGAAAAUCAGCCGCAUCGUAUUUUGUUGUUCCGAAGUACCUUGGCGCGAAUCGUCUCUGUUUGUCGAGGAAGUCCGGAAGCGAGGAUCAGGACAGCGGAUGGUAGCUCCGUCCUUCCGAGAACAACGUCAAUCGCGUCCGAUCGAUUUCUUAUCGCCUUUCAGGAAUUUGUACCCAUCUCCCAGUGAGAAAUGAACAUCGAAUCAACGUCAAAUUAAUGUCAAAUCAAUGUCGAUACGAUGUAAUUUCGAUUGUUUCGACAUGAAAUCGACGUCGAUUUAACGUCGAUUCAAUAGUUCGUUUCUCGCUGGGUCGUUUUUUCUGAACAUUUCUGAAGAAUGACGCUUUCGAUGUCGACGCAACGAAUAUUCAAGUAUCAAUCUAAAAUCAUACGGAGCUCUAAGCCACGAGUAACGACUUUCUUGGUUAAUAUUCAUGUAUAGAUGUUCACAAUUUCUUUCCACGUGUGCACGUGCGCCGAUUACUUCCACACAGUUCAGGAUGGAUUGAUAGUGCUCGCGCUUCGGAAGGCGAACCGUCCCGCUCGAUGAUCCUGCUGUUAGUACAAAGAAGCUGGUCGAGAUGCGCGAGAUACGUACGAUCUGCUCCACUCGUGUCGUAUAAAUCGCGGACGAAUAACAGCGUAUGUAUAACAGUGCUAGCCUAGGCUCGUCACUUCGGUAAUGCAAGUUCUCUAGUCUGCUCUUCGACUCUAAGUCGGUCGGGAAUUGUCUUAAAUUUCUGCGAGAGGAAGUUCAUGUUUCAUGAGGCAUAUAAAUUCUAUCGUAACACACAAAUAAGAGACAGACGUUGUUGCAUAAGAAAGAACAUCACGUCGUAUAGGUAGAGUGAUUUCUGUUAUAAACUCAAUUACUUUAACUAUACGUACAUUUACUUAACUAUACAUAUCGGUCUCGGAAAAUCUCGCGCGACACUCCGACGGAAGGAGUACGGAAAUAUUGAGGCUCUUGUUGACCUAAAAGUCGUUCCUACGCACUUGUCCUCUUCUUAUUUUAAUCGAGCGAAUCUUAAGCAAGUUUCAAUUAAAUAUGUUCAAAUCGAGCUUGAUUUUUACGCGCGUGUAGCAUGAGGAGAGGGGCCUAAGAGAUCUUCGCACCUGAAAGGAAUAUUUCGAAUUAAAAUUCGAGAUAUCUGCGUAUCUCUAUUAUUGUUGCUGAAUCUGACAUUAGAGGAACAUUUAUUACCGAGAGCUCAAACGAUUUUGUAUCCGGCAGUGCGAAUGCAGUAUGUAUUUUUCAUUCGUACAUCAUACGAACCAUAAUCGACUGCCCGACUGACAAUUACCCGUAUGACACAAAAAGAGCUAUUCCCGGAAAUAAACUGCCACAUACGACCGUUGUCGUCAAUUUGUAAUGCAACGUUAAAUAUAUCCGCUUGCGAGUAAUCAGGCGAAGCAAGAAAUAAUAAUCCCGAUGAAAAGGCCAGUAAUUUUUCAGCGCGUCCCGUAAAUAACAAACGACGUCUCGACGCUAUUCAGCGCGCUGAUACCGCGUGCGUUCUAUAAACAACGAAUUGUUCAUUGACGAGCCACUUGUUUCCCCUGGAGGCGGAUUUUAUAUAUUCAAGCGUUACGGUAAUCUAUCGUGAUGAUCUAUUGAGAAGCGCGAUAUAAUGUCGGUGUAAUUUUAAGUUCACCCUGAUAGAAUCUUAGGAGUAUCCGCCGACGAAUAUAUUUCGCACACAUGUGUAAAACUACUUGGGUUCACAGUCGAUGAUCGAUUCGAUAUCGAUGAUUGAUUUUUUGGAUUAUUCGAUUUGACAACUACUAAUUUUUCUUUGAUGUAAAAGAAGAUCGGCGCUACGAUUGGCGAUCUUACAGAUCCUCGUGACCUUCUGUUAAUAUUUAGCUAUGUGGUAUGUAAAAGACAUCAUAUAGGUGUCAACCAAUUAUUGAAGAUCCUAUUGAUAUCAUAUCCAGAUCGAAUCGUUAUUCUAUAUAACAUCAACUUGAUAUGGAUAUGAUAUAAACUAGUAAGCAAGUAAUUAUUAACACAACAUCAUUACAAUGAUAUUUUAUGACAUGUAAUCUUUUCAAAUAUGUAAUUCUUCAUGUUGUAUACCAUAUUAUUGUUAACGAAUUCAAAAGAUUGAUUUAAUAUUUGCUUACUGGAUAUCUUCUAGAUAUCGUGAAGUCUUACAAAUAUCAAGUCGAACAUUAAUUUACGCAUGAUUUCGAUCAGAUUUUUCAUCGACAUGUGAAUCCGGACACCGUCGCCUUCUACUUUCCUUUACACGAACAUGCUUAGGCGAGACUCGCUUUUUUUGUGGUAAUGUAAUCGACUGAUGUCAAUCGAGCAUAAAUUAUUAUCACUUGACUGCUGAUGUAAAAUGUCUAUCGACUGUCACGUAAGAAUUUGUGCGAUAAGCAAAAGAGCUACCACGGCCGCGUAACAUGCGCUCUUCUGCGUGUAAUAGUUUAGUUUAUCGUGUUUUGCGUUGCACGUGUAAUUUAAUCGCAAUUAUACUCACGCAGAGUUAUGUUGCCACGUCUGUUCGAUAAUUUCUAGGUCGACGAACGCGCACGAAUGUUAUAUCUCUUCUAACGCCGAUCCAUAUCUAACAUACAACGAGCGUCGAACGCAUCAAAGAGACGCGUUUUUCCUCGAGAUCAUUGUAAUCACGUUUUCUUUUUGCGACGACGUCGGAGAAUUGUCCGAGCUAUGUAUAUGCGCGUAUAUCGAGGAGACUUGGGCGAUAAAAUAUUUCGUGAAUCCAACACCCUGGCUAAAUGUUGGGUAACAUUUAACCAACUAAACUGUGCUGCUUUCCAAGUAAACAAGAAAUCAUUAACACGACGUUGUUUCAGUGAUAUUUUAUAACGUUUUUAAAUAUGUAAUUUUUAAUCUUGUGUACAACGUCAUUGUUAACAAUAUUUGGCCCAAACGUUGAAAAUAAUAUUUCACUAUGAUUUUCAUAUUUAGGAAUAUCAUAUUACCUAGUAAGUAACAGUUAAAAAUAAGCAACAGUUUGGAACAUUUACAAAAUGUUUGUAAUAUAUUCACAUAAAAUCAAUGUUUCAAAAGAUUGAUUUAAUGUUUCUUGCUUACUGGGUUGGAUAAUAAUAAGAAAGAAAAAGAAGAAGUCGCUCUCUUGAUUCGAUUGUUGUGCAAUAAAGUGACGACGCAUCUCGAUCGUGAAAUGAUACGAAAGAACAAAUGAGACCGAAACCGUAACCAGUAAAAUAGGUGAUUUGCCGAACAGGAGAAGCGCGAAAUAACACCCCAGGUAGAACAGAAAAUGACGAUGACGUCAAAAUGACGAGGAAAUGAUCGAAAAAUGAGUUUCGAUAAUCAUUUCGCUGUCAUCGUGGCUUUCUGUUCUACCUGGGGCACGCCCAACUCCGCCUCGAGCGCUGGAAAAAGAGCGUUGUCAGAUUCUUGUCAGCGGUCCUGUCGAACGCGAGACUCGUUUAUUAUUAGAUUAAAAAGCGUCGAUACUUUGAUCAAUCUGGCUGGUUUCCAAGAUGAGAGAACUUACUGGGGAAAGUUCGGCUGAUGUGAUCAGCUGGGCACACGAAGGGACGUACGGCCUCUGAGAAAUAGAAAAGAAGCGCGCCGAUUUACACACACCGGCUGCCUCAAAGGCCGGUGACGAAUUCAACGUCAUUGUCAUGCGAAUGGAAAGAAGAACGGGAGGCGUGGAGAGAGAAAGAAACAAACGAGACCCGCUGAGAAAGCUUUGGAGUCCGCGUCGUGGAAAUUGGCUUGCGGAGGAACAGGGAGAGAUUCGAUCGAGCGUAUCCGCGAAAGACGAUGUCGCUUGAGGACCUCGGGGAGAAAAGGAGACAACGCACCGAACAGCACUCUCACGGCCUGCAGAAAGAUAGCGAACCACGGUGAAAAAAAGAGAAAGAAAGAGAGAGAGGAAAAAAAGGGAGAAAUGACACGACGAAAGGGUGGUGUGCGCCCAACCCCACCAUAAGGAAGGCCUAUAUAUCGCACUCGUUUGAAAACUUAUCGCAAGAAUGCACAAGAAGUAGCGUACACUCGCUGUACUGUUUGUUGACUCGAAUAAAUAUGCGGAUUAAAAAGUCGGUUUGGUUUAUAUGUACACGGUGAGAGCCCAGGAUUCGCGCGGGCGGAACGCUGGCGAUCGCCCGGGGGAUCGGGAGCCGGGAAGUCGUUUCCCUGUCGCCGGUACGACGCGCGCAUGUCCCGUUUUUACGUGAUGGAUAUUUCGCUGGGGAAUUCGAUUCGAACGACGAAAACCGUGGGGAAACGACUCGCGGACGAACGCGAGCGUUCCAUUACGACGAUAUUGUUAUUAUACGAACGUACUCAAGACGGCAUGGUAUACAAAACUAAGAACAAGACCUAAAAUAGGAACAUAAUAUUUUAUAACUCAACUUUUGUACAGAAUAAA